UGAAAACAAACAUACCAGCACGUUAAUUCGCACCUGGUGGCUACACCCUACCACACCGGAUUUGAUCGAUUCCCAUCAUGGCCGGCGACGCCGCCAACCACUCCGGCAUCGUUUUCCUGCUGCUCCUCCUGACCCUGCUGCUCCUCCCUUAUAACAUUCACGCAGCAAGGUCGUCCUUCUCCAAAUUGUCGUCAGACUCAAGGACAGCGCCGCCGCCGCCGCCGCUGCUGCCAGAACAAGUUCAGCCGACCUUCAUCCAAGCAAUUGACGACCUAAGGCACGGGAUUCUUAGUAAAGAGUCCCUCGCCGUCGUCGAAUCACCCGCCCCCGCUCCUGCCUUCGGGGAUGCACCCGCCCCCGCCCCGGCCGUAGAAGCCUCCGCCACCGGAGCCAAGCCCCAAUGGCGCCCCUGGAACUAUCACCCUGAUAUGUAUGUGACGCGCGCAGAGCCCACGAGUAUGCAGGAGAGGAUUGAGGCGCUGUACGAGGAUGAAGUGUUAAGAAAGGAAUACAAAGAGAACCAGCGACUUGCCGCCGCGGAGAAGCAGCAGCAGGCUGCCACCAACGCUUAUACUGAUACAAAGGUGGCCGCGGCGGCAAAGUUCACGACCACAAAUGUGGAGGAGGAGAAGGACGAGGACGAGGAAUCCGGUGCCGUAAAGUACACUAAAUAUAGGGCAAAGAAUAAUUACUAUAAAAAUUACGAGCCGGAGAGUGAGCAAGAUAACCUAUCCUCCUACUACACCCCACCCACCGCCAAGUACUACCGUUCUGCUACUUCCAAUACGAAGAGUAAAACCGGCGACGCCACAAUAAUUACUGCCACAGUCAAUGAAUUGGAGGAGGAGGAGAAGAAUGAGGAUUCCAAGUAUACUAAUAAAUAUAGUACAAAAAAUCGUUAUAACCCACCCCCCAUCUACUACACCUCACCCCCACCCCCACCCCCCUUCUACUACACCUCACCCCCACCACCCUCCAAGCACUACAGUUCUGCUACUUUCAACAAGGACAGUGAAACCGGCGGCGCCACAAUAAUUACGGCGAUCGAUGAAUCGGAGGAGCAGGAGAAACCUAAUUAUUACCACCAGGCGAACUACGACGACGAAAAAAAUACCGCACCAGUCGGCAAAAAAGAUGUCAGUUUCUAUUUCACUGAAAGCGCCAAUGCUUAUUCGCAACCGCCGCCGCCGCCGCCUUACAGGGUGAGUGCGGCCACCACAGUCUACGCAACUUAUAACCAGAAGAACAACAUCCCGCCACAAAGCCACGGCGCCUCAAACACUAAUAAGUACAACCCUAGUAAUUAUUACAACAAUAAUUACCAGCGGCAGGAGGAGGAGCAGAAAUCUGGAGCAGAACAGACUUUCGGGAUGAGUGAUACCAGAAAACCAAGCAACCAGCUGAAUUAUCGUAAUACUAAUUAUAAUCCCACGCACACUACGGAAAGUUAUCAUAAUUUUGGUCAGGCGGACAUGACCACUUUGGACGAAGAAGACUUGCCCUAGUCCGUCCAGCCAACCAAAACCGCCGCUGUUUUCAGUCCCGCCGCGCAAAUCUCUGUCUCGUUUUGUUGAGUACGGACGUACGUAAUAUUAUACUGUUGUUGUUGCUAUAAUUGUGUCAUGGAUCGGCUUAAUUAAUUUUGUCUUGAACGGCUCUGGCCGCCGCUGUACGGUGGUGGGUGACCUGGAUCGUUACAUGUUGUUUCGUUAUUUGGUGUUUUUUGUUGUGAAGCCUUUAAUUUCUUUUGAAUGUAUCUCUUUCAUCGUUGUUAUAUGGAGUAUACGAAUCGAAGUGGUACGGAGUAUUAUAUUUGUGACAUGAAUUGAAAUGGAAUACAAAUUAAAGAGAACCAGC